CAUAGCUUCACUUUCACAAUAAUAUAUUCACCCUGAGUUACGUAAGAAUUUUCAAGUUUAAUAACCUUUGAUUUCUGCUGUUGUUAUUACAAAAUUGUUUAUAGAUAUUGGGUGAACAGUUAUGCCAGCAUGAAAAGUUAUAUCAAGAAAUGAUUUCAAACGAUGCCAACACCAGUGAAUCAGCUGAUCUAAUGGAUCGUUUAAUUCGAAUAAGGAAAGCUUACAAUUUAAGAUGUAGAAGUCUUCAGAUGGCAAGGAUAUCGCCAGUGAUUUGACAACAAAUUAUACCAACCUAAAGUCCUGGUUAAUGGAAGCCUCUUAUCAAAUCAGUCAAAAAUAUGACUAUGGUCAUAAUCUCAAUACUAAUGACGAUAAUAACAAUAAUAAUAUUGCUAAUAUGCUAAAUAAACCAAUACUACAGGUUUCGUUAAAUAUUACUGAGGAGUCAUUGCCUCGGCAAACUGAGGAGUGUUCAACCACUUCUAGAGAUCUUCCGUAUAAAUCUCAAUUAAAUCUCUGCUUCAAACUGUAUACUGAACAACAACAAACAUACCAAUCAAUGUUCAUUGAAUUGCAAAGGAUAAUGAAAAAGAUACUUUUACACAAUGCUAACACGGAAUUCAAGAAUGGCCUCAGGACAAUACCAGAUGAUCGUCUUGAUGAAAUUCCUGUUUACUGUCAUAAAGACUACCGUAGUCAACUUAUUGCGCAAUAUAAAGAGAUUACACAUCUAUGGCAUAAAGUUGAUAAACGCUUACAGUGCUUAUGUGUGAAAUUAGGACAAUCUCUGGAAGCAUUUAAUACUCCAGAUGAUCGAAAUCUAGCAGAGAAAGUUUAUCAGGAAUUAGAAGAGAGAAUCGAUCUAUCAAGAUGUACCGUCUUGAGUGAUUUUGACUUCGAUGAAUGGAGACGUAAUUAUCUACAGUGGAUUGAAAGUUGUCACUAUCGUCUAGCUGAUAUAUUUCCUACUGUUACUGCCAGUACCGAUACCAUUCAAGCUGAUCAACAAAAAUCAAAGCUUCACUUACACCUUUCUCCAACAUCUUCAACAUCAUUGACUCCAAAAAGUGUGUCUACUGUCUCGUCAUCCACACAGUCGAUGAACAAUUCUCCAAGGCAUAGCUCACCUCCUACGCCUACUACUAAAAGCAUCAAAUCAGUUGGGAAACAAUCCAGUAGUGAAUCUUUAAAUCUAGGUAGUAAUGAUGUUGUCGUCGAUGUUGCCACUGGUUCGAAUAAAACACAUGCAAUUGCAAAGGGUAAACAAACUGUGAAUAUUUCAAAAUCACCUGAAUUAAAUUAUUCACAGUUUAGGGAAGUUUUACUCCUACGACGACGACAACACCAGCAACAAAAGCAACAUAGUCGACCUAAAUAUGACUGGGCAAAUCCUCUGCGUAUCAGAGCCGUAUUUGAUACCAUUGAUAAGACGAAAAAGGGCAGAAUAACACAUGAACAAAUUAUUGAAGCUCUGACUGAUAAAAAACAGCAACAACAACAACAACGACAGGAACAGCCAACCAGACAGCAACAUCUGCGAAAUGAUGAGUUAAUUGCACGUGCAAUAGAACAAGAAACCAGUAAAUGUAUUUGCCAAAUAAAAUUUCAACCUAAAAAAGUUGGAACAGAUAAAUAUUGUUUUGGACCUAGUUCGAAAGUCUACUUAGUCCGUUUCCUGAAUAGUAUCACUAUGGUACGGGUAGGCGGUGGAUGGAUGAAGUUGAGCGAAUUCUUAGACACUCGUGAUCCAUGCAGAAUUGUCCAUAAAAGAAAUCGUGUUGGUUCUUCUGCGCCUAAAGCAAAUCCAUCAUUGACCACAUUCACACCUUCUGGUUCAAAGAGAGAAAAUACUUUAGGAUUUAUUGAAGUCACUCCAAUACGAGGGACUAAUUCGCAUGACGAAUCGCCUGCUAAUUUUGGGGAGGAAUUCCACAUCACAUCAACACCACUGCUGAAUAAGGAAGUCGGCCAUGGACAAAGACAAAUACCAAGUUUACUUGGUCAAGCUUUGAUUGAUACCACUACUACCUCUUCAGCGUUUGAGUCAUCUUCAAAUGAACAGGCAUCAACAACGAUAACCACAAAAGACCGAAAGAAGAAAACAAGAAAACACUAACUGAGAUGUCCAGCUAUAUCAGGAUUCAGUCUCUUUGAAAUGUAUAGAUAUAUAUAUAUAUAUAUAUAGAGAGAGAGAGACAGAAACCUUUCUAGUGGUAUCUAUUUUUGUAAUACUGUCGCCAUUUUCUUAAAAAUUAUUACUGUUAUUUUUGCAUAAAAACAUUUUAUAGAGUUUUUUGAAGACUUUUUUUUUUUCUUAUCGCUAAGUGGGAAUAUCCUAUCAUCAGUCGUAUACAAUAUGCUCAAUUCACCUAUUCCCGGUUACAUGCAUAUUAUAUGCAUAAUGGUUAAGCAGAGUAUUAUAUAUAAUGAUAUUUUUUUGAUUAUAGAUCCUGAGUGGUUGUCAC